ACACACACACAUAUCAAAUUAUCAAUCAAUUAAUCAUCACUACAAUAAUCUGUUACAGGGUUCACCUAAAAAAUAAAAAAAACAGUCAUAAAAAUGUCACACAUAUUACGUCCCCUAAUCCUAUUAUCACCGUCAUCCAAACAACCUCUCCGCCGAUGCUUAACUUCCAUCCUAACAACCUCAACUACCUCUCCAUCACCGUCAACUACUCUCACAAAUCCUUUCAUUUUUAUCCACCGGAAAAGCCUUCACGUUGCUCGAUCCCGCGGUCUCCGGCCGGCCGACGUCCCGGUACCGGCGGAACUCAAUCAGAGCGAUAACGAAUCGGAUUCUGAUCGGAAAAGUAGGAAUGAGAAGAAACGUGAGGCGCGCCGUGGUUUUCGCUGGGCUACGGAAAUUGCUGAGUUUAAUGAUUCGCAAAUUAAACGUAUUCUCAGAGCGGUUUCGCUUGAAAAAGAGGUGUUUGAUGCUGUCAUGUUGGUGAAGAGAUUAGGUCGUGAUGUCCGAGAGGGGAAGCGAAGGCAGUUCAGCUAUAUAGGAAGGCUAUUGCGUGACGUGGAACCUGAAUUAAUGGAUGGAUUAAUAAGAGCAACAAAAGAUGGCGAUCAGCAGAAGUUACAACAGUUAUCUGGUUCAGAUAAAUUGGAUCUGGGAGGGAUCAGUGAAGAGGAAGAAGAAAGCAACACUGAGGAUGAAGACGAGAUGUAUGGUGAUUACAAUGAUUUAGCAACCAAAUGGUUUGAUGGCUUGGUAAACAAAGAUGUCAGUAUUACUAAUGAGAUAUACUCUCUUAGUACUGUUGAGUUUGAUCGUCAAGAGUUACGUAAACUUGUCCGAAAUUUCUGCUCCGUGCAAGACCGUAAUGCCGUAUCAGAGGAAAAUGGAGGAGAAACGGACAAAAAACUAUUGAAAGCCAAAAAAUACCUAACACGAUUUCUCGUUGCUCUUGCUAAGCAGCUUCCAACUGAAGAAAACUAUAUACUUUAGUCUUCAUAUUCCAAACUAAGAAAAAUGACAUUAUCUCGUAGGCUAAUAUUAUUGGGGAUUUAGGAGCUUAUUAAGCUCUUCUCUUGUGAUAACAUAUUUUCUUUAGUUGCUUCCGCAGACCUCUGGGUAUAUAUUAAGGCAGUUUAGUUUGUAACAUGUGUGGAUAUUGUUGAAGUAUGCCUAUGACCUGCAGCGGUUUAUAAUGGAUUCUGAGCCAAAGGAAAACCAGGUUGUAUGUUCAAACUUAAGGGAAACUGAAGGCGAAUGGCUUCAGGUGUGGCUUGUGGGUUCUGAUUUCUACUACAGAUCUGAGCCAUUAGUGGAACUUAUAAAUUUUCAGCGGUGUCUCAGUUUUUCCUUUCUUUCAAUCUGUACAACUAACAAUCUGUUUGAUGUUUUUGGGAAAAGGUUUAGAAUAUAGGUAGGAUAGGACGUUUAUUUAAAUCUAUAAUAGUGCAAUAAAACUAGACCUCGCUAAUUUUUUUGAUGUGGCAUGCUUUGUAAUGUUGUGAGAUCACAACACCGCGUUCAUAAUGCAAUUUGUCUUCAAAUAGGUGCAGUUUUA